UGAGAAUGCGGCGAGGAUUACUUUGGCUGGAAGGAGAAGAAUGGAGUCGUCGGCGACAGAUUCCGAUGCUCCCGAUCUGGUUUGUCAGCUUGACAACGUCCAGGGCAUGGUCGACGCUCUCACCGCCGCCCGAUGGAAGCGCCAACAGGAUGCGGUCAUCGAAAUAUCGGAGCACGGAAUGGUCGUGAUUGUGGAGGAGACGAGUUGUCUUCAGGCCAAGGUUUAUCUGCAGCGCGAGCUUUUCAUUCGUUAUGAGUACGGCGCACAAGGAAGGCCUCGGUUGGGAGUGAGCUUGGGACUAUUUGUUGAUUGCUUGAACACAUUUUCAGCUCCUGGACAUUCCAACACAAUCGAAAUUCAAUAUCCUGGGCCUGAUAUGCAGCUACUUCUCAAGUCUGUUGAUUCACUAGACGCUAGCAUUUAUGCAGAGAUCAGGACAAGGAUCCCUGAUACUAUAUCAUGGGAUUACAAUUUUGAACCUGCAGGGAGCACCCCACUCACUUUUACUGUCAAGACUGCAGCAUUGAAGGAAGCAAUUGAUGAUCUUGAAUGGCCAGGGGCAAGCAUCCAGAUCACUGUACAACCAAAUCCGCCUAGCGUCACCUUUAGAGGCGAUGGCCAUGGAGAUUUGCAGAUAGACUUCAUGUAUUAUGCGAAUGCUGAUCUUCUGCUUGCAUUUCAUUGUGACCGUCAAGUGUCUUACAGGUACAAAUACAAGUUCCUUCGAGCAACAACUUCAAACAUACCCGGCAGUGUCAUUAGAGAUAAUCGGGGAAGCAAGUUGACUAUUGGUAGAGGUGGAUUACUUAAAGUUCAGCACCUAGUUUCUGUUGCAAGAACAUCUACUUCACAUACGCACAUCGACUCUACAGGUUAUCAACAUCCCAGUCGAAUUGCUUACAUCGAAUUCUUUGUGAAACCAGAGGAAGAUGAAGAUACUGCAGAUGAUUAGUAGCAUCUUUUUGUAAGAAACUACUGAUCAAGCUUAUGAUAACCAUGAAAAGAAUGAACUCUUUGUCAUAACUUAGGUCCUUUUUUUUUAUUUUUUUUUUAUUUUU